AUAUAUUUAUUUAUUUUAUAUACCGUAUUUUUCGCUCCAAAAGAUGCACCUGACCAUAAGCCGCACCUAGGUUUUAGAGGCAGAAAACAGGAAAAAAAUAUUCUGAACCAAUGGACUGCAGACAUAGUACAGGAGAUGACCAGAGACUGCGGACACAGUACAGGAGAUGACCAGAGACUGCAGACACAGUACAGGAGAUGACCAGAGACUGCAGACAUAGUACAGGAGAUGACCAGAGACUGCGGACACAGUACAGGAGAUGACCAGAGACUGCAGACAUAGUACAG